AUGAACAAACUCCUUCUUGUGGCGGCUUCAUGUUUGGUGUCCCUCACAACGGCUGGACCGUUUGAAGGGACCGGAAGCCAAAAUGUUGCGCAUGCACCAGUCCGGGAUGGGCUCCGUUAUGCCGUCUCUACCCACGCGAUCCCGAUGCGAAAACACGACGUAACGGCGUCGAUGAGCCACCCGGCGAUGCAUCGACGCGCUAACCUGCCCGUCCCGCUCAAGAACAUCUAUGAUGUUUACUACAGCAUCGACCUCAAAGUCGGCAACCAGACCAUCGCAGUCAGCGUCGACACAGGUUCCAGCGAUACGUGGAUGGUGCAGCAGCCAUAUGAAUGUGUCUCCUUUUGGUUCGACCCAGCCGGGGAACCAGACUGCGGCCUGGGAGUGGGCUUUAAGGGCAACCUUUCCGGCGGUCUUCUUCCCGACUUACCACCAUUCUCCCGCUCCUAUGUCGAUGGCACCUUCGUGAGUGGCUUUUAUGGCGUCGAGGAUGUCUCGAUUGGAGAUAUCACGGCACAUAACCAGCGCCUUGCGCUGGUCAACUACACCUACUGGCACGGCGAUGGGCAAACAUCCGGCCUGUUAGGUCUAGCUUACCCUUACUUGACCAGUCUGGAUGGAGCGGACCAGAACCAGCCGCCCUAUUCACCCGUCUUCACUACGAUGUGGGAAAGCCGAAGCAUAGAUCCGUUGUUUAGCAUUGCGUUGUCUCGAAGCCAAGAGAUUAGCGGCGGGACACAACAAGAGUCGUAUCUUGCGCUUGGAGGGCUGCCACCAGUCGACGUCGAUGAGAAGACUUGGGCAGGGACGCCAAUUCACGGCAUGCGCGCAGUUCCCCAGUGGGGGUUUGACACAGACGAGAAAGGAAUGUACAUCAUCAAACCGGAUGCGUUUGUGCUCGAAAAGGGGGGAGACGGCACGGACUCUGGAGAGGUGUUGGUUAAGAACACCACGCAAAUCCCCAUCCUAAUCGACGCGGGAGCAACCCUCAGUUAUUUGCCGAAAGGCCUGGUUAACGAACUCUAUGCGGCUUUCGAUCCGCCGGCGAAGUACAUGAGCUCAGGGGGUCUUUUUUAUGCCCUUUGCAACGCAACCGUGCCGAACUUUGGUGUCCAGAUUGAGGAGUCAAUCUUUUACAUGGCGAAGGAGGAUUUACUCCGGCAGACGGCCCGUGACCCAACGGGGGAGUGUCGGAGAUGA